AUGGGCUCGAGACAACAUCUUCGUGCGAUGACAUCGGGUCCUCCACUCCCAUAUCAAGAUGAUAUCAGAGCCUACAAGAAGGACUAUGCCGAGGCGCUCGAUGCACAGGAUCCUCUUCGUGACUUUCGGAAAGAAUUUAUCAUUCCCUCAAAAAAGGAUCUGAAGCGAACAACUCUUGCAGCAGAUGGAGAUACGGAUGAAGCUUUAGACCCGAAAUGUAUCUAUUUCUGUGGAAACUCUCUUGGUGUCCAGCCUCACAACACCCGGAGAUACAUUGAACGGUAUUUGCGCACCUGGGCGACAAAGGGCGUGACGGGGCACUUUGUUCCACACGAUGACGAACUACUCCCUCCAUUUGUCGAUGUCGACACUGCGGCGGCAAAGUUGAUGGCCCCGUUGGUAGGAGCUUUGCAGAGUGAGGUGGCAGUCAUGGGCACCUUGACUGCCAAUCUUCACCUUCUCAUGGCCAGCUUCUACCGUCCCACCCAGGAAAAGUAUAAAAUCAUUUUGGAGGGCAAAGCAUUUCCCAGUGACCAUUACGCAGUCGAGUCGCAAAUCCGGCACCACAAUCUCGAUCCAAAGGAUGCAAUGGUCCUGAUCGAACCACAGGACCCUGAUCACCCAAUCUUGACAACAGAGCAGAUCCUUCAGGUAAUUGAUGACAAUGCCUCCAGUACGGCACUGGUCAUGCUUUCAGCAGUUCAAUUCUACACGGGCCAGUACUUUGAUAUCGAACGUAUCACAGCACAUGCUCAAUCGAAAGGCAUUUUGAUCGGCUGGGAUUGUGCCCAUGCUGCUGGAAAUGUAGAUCUCAAGCUGCAUGACUGGAAUGUGGAUUUUGCAGCCUGGUGUACAUACAAGUACAUCAACAGUGGACCAGGCGGAAUGGCUGGCCUAUUUGUUCACGAACGCCACGGCCACGUGGAUGAAGAACAGAAAGAUGGCCAGGAUGCAUUUCGCCCCCGCUUCUCAGGUUGGUGGGGCCACGAUAGCAAAACCCGCUUCCAAAUGGUGAACGAAUUCGUUCCCCAACCCGGUGCUGCCGGCUUUCAACUUUCAAAUCCCUCGGUCUUGGAUAUUAAUGCCGUCAUUGCAUCCCUCGAAAUCUUCAACCGGACGACAAUGAAGGAGAUUCGACAAAAGUCUUUAAAUUUGACGGGUUAUCUCGAGCAUCUGCUACUCAAGUACCCUCUAGAUUCCCCACCCGAAGACAAGCCGUUCACGCUCAUUACACCGUCCAACCCAGCAGAAAGAGGAGCUCAACUGAGCUUGCGGCUCCAGCCUGGGCUGUUGGACCAUGUCCUUCACCACCUGGAAGAGAACGGGGUUGUUGUCGACGAGAGAAAACCCGACGUGGUUCGAGUGGCGCCUGCGCCAUUGUAUAAUACCUAUGCAGAAGUGUGGGAGUUUUGCCAAAUCUUUUUGCAGGCGUGCCGAGAGGCUAAAUCUACUGAGAUUGAUCCAGAAACACCUCAAGACCAUGCAGGAGACAGUAGAGAGGUCGACAAUGUCGACUAUUCAGUCUUCACACCUCAUCAAAAGCAAAUUAUUGUGUUUAUAGCCUCUUGGGCGGGGUUUUUCUCCCCGGUCUCUUCACAGAUCUACUUCCCAGCGUUGAACACUCUUGCGGAAGAUCUUCAUGUGUCUAAUUCACUAAUUAAUCUUACUUUGACAAGUUAUAUGAUUUUCCAAGGCCUAUCGCCGAUGUUCAUCGGAGAUUUCGCCGAUAAGGCCGGCAGACGACCAGCUUACAUGGUAUGCUUUACGCUCUACAUUGCUGCCAACAUUGGAUUGGCCUUACAAAAUAAUUAUGCCGCACUGUUCGUCCUUCGGUGUUUACAAAGUGCAGGAAGUAGCACCACCAUUGCUUUGUCCUCUGGCGUCGUCUCCGAUGUUGCUACUGUCGCCGAGCGAGGCUCAUACAUGGGCUUCGUCACAGCAGGUUCACUCUUAGGUCCCUCAGUUGGCCCCGUCAUUGGAGGUCUAUUGGCCCAAUAUCUCGGAUGGAGAGCGAUCUUCUGGUUCCUCGCCAUUUUUGCGGGUGCUUUCCUUGUCCCAUUUCUGAUCUUCUUUCCGGAGACUGCUCGUGGUGUUGUAGGCGAUGGGUCUUUGCCGCCGCAGAAAUGGAAUAUGUCUCUGAUAAGUUACCUCAAGUCCCGCAAAGCCAGGGCAGAAGGAAUCGACUCUCCAGUGGCUUCGGAAAAGCAGAAGCUGAGCUUUCCAAAUCCUUUUAAGACACUCAGCAUCGUGUUCCAGAAAGAUACCAGCAUCAUUCUUUUCUGCAAUGCAAUUCUAUUUGCAGGUUUCUACGAUGUCAGUGCCACUAUUCCCUCGAUCUACAGCGAAUUGUACGGGCUGGACGAUCUUCAGAUUGGCCUGUGCUAUAUUCCAUUUGGUCUUGGCGCUACCAUCGCAUCUAUUCUGAACGGCAAAUUUCUGGACUUCAACUAUCGCCGACUGGCAAAGCAAAUGAACUUCCCACUGGUCAAGAAUCGCUUUGUAGACCUGCGACAUUUUCCCAUCGAAAAAGCUCGUCUUCAAAUUGCAUUUCCUCUACUGACGAUUGGAAGCCUGAGUAUUGUGGCCUUUGGAUGGUGUUUGAACUACGGUGUCCAUCUCGCUGCGCCGACCACCAUCCUAUUCGUCAUGGGACUCUCGCUGACGGGAUCUUUCAAUACUGUUGGUACACUACUGGUUGAUCUAUAUCCAACUCAAGCUGCUAAGGCGACUGCCGCCAAUAACUUUGUCCGGUGUUUGCUUGGAGCUGGUGCCACAGCCGUGGUUGACCUCAUGUUGUCAUCCAUGGGCCGUGGCUGGUGCUUUACAUUCGUUGCUCUUGUGAUGCUCUGUACGUCGCCAUUGCUCCUAGUCGUGAUCUUGAAAGGACCGAAAUGGCGUGAAGAGCGUCGUCUGAGGGAAGAGUGCAAGCUUGAUCCGCCUUGUGAGACGCGGCCAGAGAAUGUCAAGACCGGCUGA